AUGUCGGGAUUUUUGGAAAACGCAUACAGUCUCGUCCACCAGGACAAUGCGGCCGAUGUGCCCACUGUCUCUGAUCUGCGAAUGCAGCUGGAAAAGGGCACGGACGAGAGCAAGGUCGACACAAUGAAGCGCAUCUUGACAAUCAUGCUCAAUGGCGACUCUAUGCCGACACUCCUUAUGCACAUUAUUCGAUUCGUCAUGCCCUCCAAGUACAAGCCCCUCAAGAAACUUUUGUACUUCUACUAUGAAAUCUGUCCCAAGCUGGACGCUUCUGGCAAACUGAAGCAAGAAAUGAUCCUUGUCUGCAACGGCAUUCGCAAUGACCUGCAGCACGCAAACGAGUAUAUUCGAGGCAACACUUUACGAUUCCUUUGCAAGCUGCGCGAGCCUGAACUCAUUGAGCCCCUCCUCUCGUCUGCCCGAUCCUGCCUUGAGCACCGCCACGCGUAUGUUCGCAAGAACGCUGUUUUCGCCGUCUCCUCGAUAUACUUGCAUUCGCCCAGCCUCAUUCCCGAUGCCGCAGAUCUCAUCUCUGCUUUCCUCAGUGGUGAAACAGACGCCACCUGCAAGCGCAACGCCUUUGCUGCGCUCUCCAGCAUUGAUCACGAGGCUGCGCUGGUGUACCUCAGCUCUGUCUUUGACGGCAUCCCGAACGCCGACGAUUUGUUGCAGCUCGUUGAGCUUGAAUUUAUUCGCAAGGAUGCUGUUCAGAACACUCAGAAUAAAGCUCGCUACCUUCGACUUAUAUUCGACCUACUCGAAGCUAAUGCCUCUACUGUUGUCUACGAAGCGGCAUCCUCUCUGACUGCCCUUACAAAUAACCCUGUUGCUGUCAAAGCUGCUGCUGCGAAAUUCAUCGAGCUAAGCAUCAAGGAGGCUGAUAACAAUGUCAAGCUCAUCGUCCUCAACCGUGUUGAUCAGCUGCGCAAGAAGAACGAAGGAAUCAUUGAUGACCUUGUGAUGGAGAUUCUUCGAGUACUCUCCAGCACAGAUAUUGAUGUGCGCAAAAAGGCCCUCGAGAUUGCCCUGGAGAUGGUCUCGAGCAAGAAUGUCGAGGAAGUUGUCCUGCUGCUCAAGAAGGAACUGUCCAAGACUGUCGACCAAGAGUACGAAAAGAACGCCGAAUACCGAUCUCUUCUCAUUCACUCCAUCCACCAGUGUGCCAUCAAGUUCUCCGAGGUUGCCGCCAGCGUUGUUGAGUUACUCAUGGAUUUCGUCACUGAUUUUAAUAAUGCGUCUGCCGUCGAUGUCAUCAACUUCGUCAAGGAGGUGGUCGAAAAGUUCCCUGCGCUGCGCACUAUAAUCGUCGAGAGACUCGUUUCGACACUGAGUGAGGUCCGUGCCGGCAGGGUCUAUAGAGGUAUCCUAUGGAUCAUUGGCGAGUACUCGCUGGAAGAGAAGGACAUCCGUGAUGCAUGGCGCCGCAUCCGCGCCAGCCUUGGCGAGAUCCCAAUUCUGGCUUCCGAGCAGCGCUUGCUGGAGGAGCAAGAUGGUGACGAAAAAGAGCUGCAGCAGCCGAAUGGCGAGUCGAAGCCGGCGGCACCUACUGGAUCCCGUAAAAUCCUUGCGGACGGAACAUAUGCUACCGAAACUGCCCUCACCAGCCAGUCUUCUGCAGCUGCGAAACUCGAAGUCGUCAAGGCCACGCAGAAGCCGCCGUUACGUCAGCUCAUUCUGGAUGGCGACUACUACUUAGCCACAGUACUUUCAUCCGCCCUUGUCAAGCUUGUCAUGCGCCACUCGGAGACUUCCUCUGACAAAUCCCGCACAAACGCCCUGCGCGCCGAGGCGAUGCUCAUCAUGAUUUCUAUUCUUCGGGUUGGCCAGUCACAAUUUGUCAAGGCCCCAAUCGAUGAAGACUCUGUCGAUCGUAUCAUGUCUUGCGUAAGAUCGCUGGCCGAAUUCUCCGAGAAGAAGGACCUGGAAGCUGUCUGGCUCGACGACACCAGAAAAGCCUUUAAAGCCAUGGUUCUGGUUGAGGAGAGAAAGCGUGCAGCCAAAGAAGCGCACGAAAAGGCUAAGUCUGCUGUUCAAGUCGAUGAUGUUAUCCAAAUUCGCCAGCUAGCCAAGAAAAAUGCCAGCGAUGGCCUUGAUGAGAUCGAAGUUGACCUAGAGCGCGCUACCGGUGGCGACAGUACGGCGGAAGACUUGUCGUCAAAGCUCAGUCGCGUGGUACAGCUCACUGGGUUUUCAGAUCCCGUCUAUGCCGAAGCCUACGUCAAGGUUCACCAAUUUGACAUUGUCCUCGAUGUUCUACUGGUCAACCAGACUACAGAAACUCUGCAGAACCUUUCUGUCGAGUUCGCCACUCUAGGCGACCUCAAGGUAGUCGAGCGGCCAACUACUCAGAACCUAGGACCCCACGACUUCCACAACGUCCAAUGUACCAUCAAGGUAUCGUCGACUGAUACUGGCGUCAUUUUUGGCAACGUCGUCUACGAUGGUGCUCACUCAACAGAUACCAACGUAGUCAUUCUCAAUGACCUCCACGUUGACAUUAUGGAUUACAUACAGCCCGCCACCUGCACAGAAACGCAGUUCCGCACAAUGUGGACAGAAUUUGAAUGGGAGAACAAGGUCAACAUCAACUCCAAGGCAAAUACUUUGCGCGAAUUUCUGGACCAGCUGAUGGCAUGCACCAACAUGAGCUGCCUCACCCCUGAGGCGAGCUUGAAGGGCGACUGCCAGUUUUUGAGUGCGAACUUGUACGCCCGCAGUGUAUUUGGGGAGGAUGCCUUGGCCAAUUUGAGUAUCGAACAGGAGGGAGAGGACGGCCCCAUCACGGGAUUCGUGCGUAUAAGAAGCAGGUCGCAGGGCCUGGCACUUAGCCUUGGCUCCCUCAAGGGACUUAACAAGAUUGGCUCAACGUAA